CUCUCUUAAACUUGGUAGCCAUUUCUAAGGCCGAGGGAACUGUUUUCAGUUUAGUUUACUUGUUUUCCUCCCUCUCCCUCUCCCUCUCCCUCUCCCUCUCUAUUUAUAUAUAUAAAGAAGAUUGGAGUUUGCAGCACUGGUGGAGUUAUGAGGAUCUUCAGCUGGGUUCAAAUUAAGUUCAAUGGGAGACAUGAGAAGAGAACUGAAGUUGGCCCAAGUCCUCACUAUGCAUGGAAGCAAAAUAGCAGCAGAGAAGAAUUCAAAGACUGGCCACAAACAUUUUUAGCAAUUGGGACAUUCGGCAACAAUGAGUUGGGGGAAGAUUCACAAAUAGCUCAAAGUUCUUCUGAAACUCAAGAAUCAUCACACAAAAUUUCAGAUCUCAACAUAGAAGAAGUUAUCAAAUUCCAGAAAGAAAUAAGCAAACUGCUAAAUCUCAAGCUCAGUUCAAGCACAUAUGGAACUGAAACGGCUGAAAUCCAGAGCGCUGAUCACUCAAUAAAUGAAUCUGUAAUUACUUCCUUAACUCUGGAAGCUGACAACACCAUUUCUUCACUCAAAAUCUGUAAGGGAUCAACAGAUGAUUCCGAAGAUUCCAAGUUCACCUUAAACAAAUUCGAACACAUGCUUUCUGAUGAUUGCAAUUGGAUCAGGCAAAGAUCACUCCCUUCCCUUCUCAAUAAAAUGUUUAUAAGCAGAAGCAGUUUUUCACCACAGCCAAGUUUAAGAGACUCAAUUUCUGAAUCAAAACUGAAGAAGAUUUUGAAGAAAAUAAUUCACAAAAAGAUUCAUCCCCGAACUGUAUCUCGACCCCCAACAAUGAAGUAUUUGCAGAAGAACAAUGAAGAAGAUAAGGUGGAGGAACGUUGCAAAUGGGUCAAAACUGAUUCAGAAUAUAUUGUUCUGGAGAUCUAAAUUAUUGUUGGUAAUCGAUUCAACGGUUUGUAGUGAUCUUGCAACAGUUAUUAAGAGAGAAAAAGUUAUGGUUAUGUGUUCUUCUAUUUUCAUUGUAUUGCUUUACAAGUGAUUAAG